UCUUCCACACACACACACAUAGACGCACUCGCUUUUCUCCACAGUGAAAUACGAUCGGCAGAGCGGUGGGCCACAAUCCCCGGCUCGCAUCGGUAUUUUUUAGAAUCAGGGAUGCUCCGCGCAGCAGACAAAGGAAGGAGCUCUCUGUGCUGUGGGUGGUAAUUACCAAGCAGACGGCGGGGGGAAAAGAGUAGUAGCUACAAACACACUGUGCCACAUCACACAAGAAACUCACUGCACUAAAACAUGCGUUUGGAAGUUUUGCUGCUGCUUUUCUUGGCUAAAAGUAGAUGGUGCGCCCCGCAGCAGAGAUGUCCGCCAGGAGACGAGUUUUUGGGAAGAUGCAGCAACACCGUAUAUGAAGAAAAACCUACGUGCACAGAGUUGAACCUGGGCUACUGUAAUGAUUUGGAAUACUCAAGAACCAUAUUUCCGAACAUCCUUGGUCAUCGGAGUCGUGUCGAUGCAGAGUCGGGGGCAGAGUACCUUCUCCUGAGCGUCAUCCAUGGUCUGCUCAAUGGCGAGUGUUCCCCUGAGAUCCGUCUCGUAGGCUGCUCAGUGCUGGCCUCACCCUGCCAGAAUAACAAGAUGAUCAAACCAUGCCGUAGCACGUGUGAGGCACUCAGGAAGGACUGCUUCCAUGCCUUUGAAGCCAUCGAGAUGGCCUGGCCUUACUUCCUGGAUUGUGACCGCUUCUUUGCCAGUGCUGAGGAGGGCUGCUUUGACCCCCUGGCAGGACUGAAAGCCAGACAGGAGGUUGCAUUGUCUAGUCUCUCUCCCGAGGAGCCCAGCACCAUCAUCCAGUUCACCUACACCUCCAAUGCCCAGAUGUACAGCUUACUGAAGAAAACAGCAGCCAAGUGCUCCCACAUUUCUCACGUCUACAGCAUCGGACGAAGCAGUGAGGGCAGGGAUAUGCUUGUGAUCGAGUUUACCAACAACCCAGGACAGCAUGAACUAUUGGAGCCAGAGAUCAAGUUGGUGGGCAACAUGCAUGGAAAUGAGGUGCUGGGCCGCCAGCUGCUCAUCUACUUAGUCCAGUACCUGUGUUCAGAAUAUAUUCUGGGAAAUCAAAGAAUUCAGACUAUCAUCAACAGCACUCGCAUCCAUAUUCUGGCCUCCAUGAACCCAGAUGGUUAUGAGCUUGCUGCCUCAGAGGUAGAGGAUAGCAAUGACCCGGAGCUCUCCAACCAGGAAGGUCACUUGUUGAAUGGUUGGACCAAUGGCCGGGCCAAUGCCCAGAAUAUUGACCUGAACCGCAACUUUCCGGACCUCACAUCCGUCUUCUACCGUAACCGACGCAGCAGGCACUAUCGCAUUGACCACAUCCCAAUUCCUGAUGCCUACUGGUUUGGGAAGGUGGCACCAGAGACCUAUGCAGUGAUGAAGUGGAUCAGAUCGCUGCCUUUCGUUCAGUCUGCCAGCCUCCAUGGAGGGGAGCUGGUGGUCUCCUACCCUUUUGACUUCUCAAUGCAUCCACAUGAGGAGAAAACGUUUUCCCCCACUCCAGACGAACAGAUCUUCAAGCAGCUGGCGCGUACCUACGCCGAUGCCCAUGCCACCAUGUCAAACAAUGACACAGACAGGUGUGGAGCAUCAUUUUAUCGGACUAGGGGGAUCAUCAACGGGGCACUGUGGUACAGUUUUGCUGGUGGUAUGUCAGAUUUCAAUUAUUUGCACACUAACUGUCUGGAGAUCACAGUGGAGCUUGGCUGUGAUAAAUUCCCCUCAGAGGCUGAGCUUUACCCAGAAUGGAAGAGAAAUAAGGAGGCUUUGCUCAGUUUUCUUGAGUCUGUCCACAGAGGAAUUAAAGGAGUAGUUAAGGAUUCUGAUGGAAAUGCUAUUAAAGGUGCAACCGUCUCUGUUAGGGGAAUUAGGAAAGGUGUCACUACAGCUGAGGAUGGAGACUACUGGAGGUUGCUCAACCCUGGCACUCACAUCAUGACAGCGACAGCUAAGGGUUACUCCAGGGUCAGUAAGAGGGUUUACCUGCCUCACAACAUGAACAAGGCCGGACGGGUUGACUUUGUCUUGGAGAAGGUUCCUGUGGAGCCCGAUAUUGAUGAUCACCUGUUCCCCACAAUAGAUUCCUGGGAUCGAUUUGACCCCUACAACCAGUUUGAACGCUUUAGCGAGUCAGAUGCUACUGGCAUAGAGCGGCAGGAGAAACCAUGGUGGUGGAACUACUUUUCCCAGUCUGGCAUCUCACCUCCAAACUGGCUGCUUCGAAACGUAUAGAGACAUUUGAAGGGAACAUAAAGGUCCUGAACUACCACUGCACUAGCGAUGAGCGGACCCAUGUGCAGUCUCACUUAUGCUUUUGGAGGCGACUAUGAAGCAGGAGCUGUGAAAACUUCAGUAGCAAAAUUUCUUAUACUUUUCAUAUCCCUGGAAUGGUGAAUGAUGCUUUCUGAAAUGAUAUUAACAGCAUUUUCCCCACCAGGCAGCAAAUGUGAUUCAGGCUUCCGUUCUGCAGCUGCAUUUAACUUGUUUGAUGGUUACACUUGAUCACUGGAAAAUAAAUGGGAGAUGAAAACCACAAUCUGACCACAUUUAAAAGUAAAUGGGUGCACAUUAUUAAUAGAAGUUAUAAAUAGGACGGCAGCUGUAUUGGAGAUAUUUUUGUGCACAGAAAUAGAAAUACUACAUGUGUAAAUUGCCUGUAAUAUUCCAUAUUUUCUGUUUCAUCUCUGUAAGACAACAGUGACACAGUUAAAACCUUUUGGACAACUAAAAGCAGACAGAGCUCCCCAAUUUAAAGCUUGCAUUAGCAGUAAUUCUGUGCCAUCAAUGAACAUUCGAAAUUCUUGCUUUGUUUUCUUUCCAUAGUCAUAAAUAAACAAAUGACUGAA